AUGGUGAUGAAGGAAAUCAUCAAGUGGCUUGAUGCUGGUGUGAUUUACCCUAUCUCCAAUAGUUCAUGGGUCAGUCGGAUGCAAUAUGUUCCCAAUAAUGGAGGUGUGACAGUGGUGAGCAAUGAGAAUAACAAGUUAUUUCCAACUAGGACUGUCACGGGUUGGAGGAUUUAUGUGGUGGAGGACUUUUUAGAAAUCUUCAUGGAUGAUUUUUUCGUCUCGGGUGAUAAUUUUGAUAAAUGCCUUGGAAACUUGGCAAAGCAUAAUCAACCAUUUCUGUUUGACAAGGAGUACUACAACGCGUUUACAGAGCUGAAGGAAAUACUUGUCACAGGGCCAUAG